AUGGGAAGAAAGAGAGAUCGAUUUUGGGACUACGCUGAGGACCUAAAGGGUCGUUUCAAAUGUAACUAUUGUAAACGUGAAUUCCCUGGAGGUGCAUCAAGGAUUAAAUCACACUUGGCUGGAGUUAAAGGGUGUGAUAUUCUUAUAUGUGGUUUUGUGCCUGAAGAUGUACAAAAAGAAGCUUAUGAAGCAACUCAAGGGACUAACAAAAAACUUAAAAAUGCUUCAAUCUCAAGUAGUGAUAAGGGGAGUACAAUCCCCUCAACUUCAAUUUCAACAAUUCAAAAGGAAAAAAUUGUCACACAGAGCGAGGAAGAAUAUAUAGAUGAAAUUGUGCUCGAUGAUGUUGUGGGUAGACUGGUAACCAAAGCGUUUUCACUUGCCACAAAUGAUAUCAUUUUUAAGUGGGGUUUUAAGGAGGAGCUGGAAAAUCUUUUUUACUCAUUAUACAAGAUUAAAGUUGUGUUAUAUCAAAAGAGGCAAGUAAGUGAUGAGUUUGUAAGGAUCUGGUUAAUGGAGCUUAGGAAUGUAGCUUAUGAAGUUGAUAAUGUGCUAGACAAAUUUGACUAUGAGAUCAUUCGGCAAAAGGUACAACCUCAAAGCCAAAUGAUAGAUCAGGUAUGUAGCUUUUCGUUCUACGAUCACAAUAAAGUUAAGACCAUCAAACAAUCGUUGGAUAAACUUGUGGCUGAUGUAGCUGGCUUUGGUCUUAGAAUAGAGUUGUUGAAGUCAAUCAUCAAGAUUAGGUUGGACAAGAAUGAGGAUUCAUUCCUCAAUGAUUCAGAAGUUAUUGGAAGAGAAUUUGAUGUUGUAAAGAUAGUGAACGAACUUAUUAGUUCAAGCAAUCAACAAGUUAUAUCUGUUCUUCCUAUUGUGGGUAUGGUAGGUCUUGGAAAGACAACUUUAGCAAAGGUAUUGUAUAACCAUGGAGAAAUAAAGAAACACUUUGAUGUGCUAGCGUGGGUACAUGUUGGUGGAAAUUUUGAUGUUGAAGAAAUUUCAAGAAAGAUUCAUGAAUCUCUCAAAAUAGACUUGACUAAUUUAGAAAAGAAGAAAUACUUUCUUGUACUGGAUGAUAUUUGGAUUGAAGACUGUGAUAAAUGGGAUAUUUUAAGGAAUCACUUGGUAGGGAUUAAUUCAAAUACUAGAAUUAACAUUAUUGUGACAACGCGUAGUGACAAAGUAGCACAGAUUAUGGGGACACUUCCUCCACAUCACUUGGAAAAAUUAUCAAAAGGUGAUUGUUGGUCUAUAUUAAAAGAAAGAGUAUUUGCAGAUGAAGGAAAAUCACUAACUUUUGAUUUGGAGGCUAGUGGAAGGGAGAUUGCUAUAAAAUGUAGAGGGGUUCCAUUGGUUGCAAGAGUUUUAGGAGAAGCAAUGUACUUUAAAUGUGAUAAAAGCGAAUGGUUAGCAAUACAAAAUGAUAAAAUUUGGCAUUUGUUGUAUGAUGAUAAUGCUGGUAUCUUUCCAACGCUAAAGUUAUGGUUUGAUAAUCUUCCAAUACCAUCUUUGAAGCAAUGUUUUGCAUAUUGUGCAAUUUUUCCUAAAGAUUAUGACAUGAAAAAGGACAAAAUAAUUCGGUAUUGGAUGGCUGAAGGGUUUCUUGAACCAGUUGAAGAAGCUAAUAUGGCAAUGGAGGAUAUUGGUAACAUGUAUUUCAAUAUUUUGUUGACCACUUCCUUUUUUCAAAAUGCUAGAAAGGAUGCCUAUGGUAAUAUUAUUAGUUGCAAAAUGCAUGAUUUGGUGCAUGAUUUCGCCCUCUCAAUUUCAAAACAUGGAACUCUGAUUUUGGACAGAGAUUCAACGGAUGAAGCAACACAAGAAAGUUCAUAUCAUAGAGAAGAUUUCAUAAAAUUGCACUCAUUGUUUUCAGAAAAUUUUGACUUUAACAACAUGUUAUCAAAUUUUAAAUGCUUACGUGUUUUAAAAUUACAUGGGGUUAGUAUAAGAGGGUUUCCAGAUUCAAUUGAGCCGAUAAUACAUUUGAGGCUUCUUCACAUCUUGGACCCUGAAAUUGAAGAAUUACCAAAAUCCAUCACCAAACUCUACAAUUUGCAAACUUUAAUAAUUGAAGGCUACGAAAGAGAGCUUCCAGAGGACCUAAGCAAUUUGAUUAAGUUAAGACAUAUUCUUCUUAACAGCAGUGAAAUUAUAAAUACGCCUAAAAAUAUGAGUAUGUUGACUUGCCUUCAAACAUUGUCAUUUUUUGCUGUGGAUUCAGAGGAUGGUUAUCGGAUUACAGAAUUGGGAGCUUUAAAGAAUCUCAAAGGAGAAAUAGUAAUAAAGAAUCUAAAGAAGGUGAAAGAUGAGGAAGAAGCCAAAAGUGCAAAAUUAAAAGAAAAGGAAAUAUCCAACUUGGGAUUAUACUGGAAAGAGGACGAAGAGGACGACAUGUAUGACAGAGAAGAGGACAUGUAUGAUAAAGAUGAAAAGGUGUUGGAAGGCCUCCAGCCUCACCCAAAUUUGAAAAGAUUAACAAUCUUUGGGUAUGGAGGAAAGAAAUUCCCAUCAUGGGUUGGUUUGUCUUCGCUAUAUCACAAUUUGAUUGAGAUCACUUUAUACGAAUGCUCCAAUUGUGAAGAAGUUCCCACUCUGGGGCAAUUACCCUGUCUUAGGGUUCUUGAAAUGGAAGAAAUGGGGGAGGUAAGAUGUAUAGGAAGUGAGUUUUACUUUUACAGUGAUGGGAGUUACAGAAAUACUACUACAUUAUUUCCGGCAUUGAGAAUACUCAAAUUGGUGGAGAUGGAAACCCUAGUAGAGUGGAAGGAUGCAAAGGAGUUGACAACCGCAGAUGAGGUGUUGUUUGUGUUUCCUUGCCUUGAGGAGUUGACAACCGCAGACUCACUGUGCACCUGCGUUUCCUUUCAGAAGUUGGUAGUAGAGGGUUGUCGUGAACUGAGGUCAUUGCCAGGUGUCCGGUCCAUAAUAAGGAGUGGUAUUGAAGACCCACCCAGUGGGUUACAAUAUUUGGAGAAUGGGGAUUGUCGUCGUCUGCCUUCUUCUUCUACUUCCUCCAUUCACCCCUCCCAGCGGGUUGUUGGUUUGUCUUCGCUAUAUCACAAUUUGAUUGAGAUCGAUUUGAGAUUUUGUAAUGAAUGUGAAGAAGUUCCCACUCUGGGGCAAUUACCCUGUCUUAGGGUUCUUGAAAUAAUAGGAAUGGGGAAGGUAAGAUGUAUAGGAAGUGAGUUUUACUUUUACAGUGAUGGGAGUUACAGAAAUACUACUACAAUAUUAUUUCCGGCAUUGAGAAUACUCAAAUUGGAGAGCUUGCGUGAGCUAGAAGAGUGGAAGGAUGCAAAGGAGUUGACAACCGCAGAUGAGGUGUUGUUUGUGUUUCCUUGCCUUCAGGAGUUGACCCUUAGAAGUUGUUAUAAACUGAGAGAUUUGCCAGACUCACUGCGUGUUUCCCUUCAGAAGUUGGUAGUAUGGCAUUGUCCUGAGCUGAGGUCAUUGCCAGGUGUCCGGUCCAGUGGGUUACAAUAUUUGGAGAAUGGGGAUUGUCGUCGUCUGCCUUCUUCUUCUACUUCCUCCAUUCACCCCUCCCUCCAAAAGCUAAAGCUAUCACGGUGUCGGGAUCUCCCGCUGGACCAAAUUCAAUACUUCAUUGCCCUUAAAAUUCUGUGGAUAGAGUCUUUUCAAGCAAUCGAAUCUUUGCCAGAUGAGUUGGGCAAUCUUUCCUCUCUUCAAAAGCUGUAUAUUGUGGAUUGCUUGAAGCUGGUGCAUCUGCCCACCGGGGAAGCCAUGCGAUGCCUCACCCAAUUGAAAAUGCUGGAGAUUUAUCGUUGCCCCAAUUUGGAAGACAAUGAGCGGAUCAAGAUUAGCCACGUUCCAUUGGUUAAAAUCAUUAAUGAUCGGUGGCCAUAUUGCUCUGAUUUCUAUGGCUAACUCAGGAAGCUGGCAAGACAUUUGCAUCUAAUUUACUUGAUGACAACUGAUGCCAAGGCACUUCAGGGCACUGCCAGAAUUAGAAUUUGAAGGCUAACUCAUGAAGCUCAGAAGAUGUUUGUGUCUGGGAAAUAACCAACUUGAUUAAAACUGAUGCCAAGGAACAACAGAACUGAAAAUACAGAGCUCUUCUAGAGAGAGAGAGAGAGAGAGAGAGAUAAUGUGCCCCUUUCAUUCUCAUCUCUGAUCCACUGCUGUUAAUCUACUGAUCGCAGACUAGUACUUUUUCAAUUCUCUUUCUCUUAUUCUUCCCAACAUUGACUGCAUCUACCUAGCUGCAAGCUACUCCUAAUUUAGAAUUCCUUUUUGGCUGGCAAAUGGGAAGAUCAUACUGGUAGACGUUUAUGAUACUUUUCCAAUGUCAAGGAUGCUUCUCGAUUGUUUGGUGCCGGGGUAACUUUUUAUCUCUUCAAGAACCAAAGUUUAGGAACAAGAGUGCUACUACCUACCAGCAAAGCAGGUGGUGCAUUCCCUUUCCAUGAAAAGCUAAAUGAAGAACUAAAGCUUGAAUUGUUUCCAAAUUUCCAAUCUAUUUGUUUCAUUGAAAUUUGAAACAGCUAUAAAGUUCAGAUAUAUGCUUAUGUGCACAAAUGCAUGUAUUCCAGAACCAUGCAAGAAUCCGUAAGUCAAUGCUUGAGUAUCAUUCGUCUGUCUUAACUUUCUCUGCUAUAGGAGAUAAAAGGAGCAACAAAACCAACAUAUAUCUGAUGGCAUAAAUACACUAUGACAAUGGCUCUACUUGACUGCAUGCAAAGAUAUG